AUGAAAACAGGUGAUUUAGAAAAUAGGUCCCGCCGGGACAAUAUAGUAGUUUACGGCAUCCCCGAGACGCAGGGUGGUGAGAGAGAAACGUGGGGGGAGUGUGAGGAGGCGGUGAGGGAGGUGCUCAGUGAUAAGCUGGAGAUAGAGGAUGCAGAUAGGGACGAGAAGGUGGGGAUAGAGAGAGCGCACAGACUGGGGAGGAGGAAGGAGGGAGGGAAACCUAGACCUAUCAUCGUCAAGUUAACAAGAAAUAAAUCCAAAUCUGAGAUUCUCAGACAAGCAAGAAGUAAACUUAAACACUCUCAAGUAAAUAUUAGCGAGGAUUUCAGCUUUCCUGUGAGGGAGAAGAGAAGAAAGCUAAUCCCACACUUAGUGAAGGCUAGGGAGGAGGGGAAAGAAGCUUUCAUUCGUUUUGACAAACUUGUGAUAAACAGCACUCCUUAUGAAGUGAAUGUGAACAGAAGGUGA